UGGUCCUCUGCACUGAGGACAAGAUGAAGGCCGAAUAUUCUUUGGAGCAGAACAGUUCUCGUAAAGUCUCUUUUACCGAAAAUGGUGUCCGAUGGAGAACUGGAUCUGCGGUCUCCAAUCUAGAAGUCUAUGAUGUGGGCGAGAGUGAAACAGUCUCUAGUUCCUCAUUUAAAAAAUACCAUCAGAGCCUGCAGACCCUCAAACCUUUCCGCUGGUCCUCACCACAGUCCCACCCUUUGGACAAUGCAGGUUUCUUUUCCUUUGCGACCUUCGCCUGGAUGACCCCCAUGAUGUGGGCCAUGUUCAGGAACAAACUGGACGUGUCCUCUCUCAACUUGUCUCCUUUGGAUGCAACCGACACAAGUGGAGAAAGGCUUCAGAGAAUGUGGGAUGAAGAAGUGGCAAAGAAAGGCCCAGAGAAAGCCUCUUUGGUUUGUGCGAUCCUUCGUUUUCAAAGAACCAGGCUGAUCAUCUCUGUCACUGUGGGCGUCCUUGCCAUGUUGGCAGUGUUUCUGGGCCCAGCUGUUCCGGUCCAAGAGAUCCUAAAGUAUAUUGAAGACCCAGGGAAGUCCACAGUUAUCCAUGGUGUUGGUUUGGCCUUAGGGCUGUUCACCACAGAGAUCUUCAGAGCUUUCCUGAUGUCCUUGAUGUGGGCAAUGAACAUACGCACAGCAGUCAGACUGAAAGGAGCCUUCUCUUCAGUGGGCUUCCAGAAAGUCAUCUCUCUUCGGGCGCACAGUGGAGUUUCGAUGGGAGAGAUGAUUAAUGUUCUGACCAGUGAUGGCCACAGAUUAUUUGAAGCUGUGUUGCUUGGGAGCUUUGUGAUUGCCACCCCAGUGCUCUUUAUUGUGUGUGUCAUCUACGCCUGCUACAUUCUGGGCUACACUGCCCUGACUGGAGUCUGCACCUACAUCAUUUUUGUUCCUGUACAGUUCUUUCUAACAAAGCUCAUAACCAAGUUCAGAUGGAAAUCCAUGCUGACAACAGACAGCCGCGUUCGCACCAUGAAUGAGAUUCUCAACAGCAUUAAGCUAAUCAAGAUGUACGCCUGGGAAGGUUCUUUUGAGAAGAAGGUUGCAGGCUUAAGGAACAAUGAAAAGAAGCACAUACGGAGUGUCUGUUACAUCCAGAACAUUAAUCAAAGCAUUACCGGCAUCAUCCCCACCCUGGCCACUGUUCUCACCUUCCUGGUUCACACUUGGGUCGGCCUGCCGCUCAGCAUGUCUAACGCCUUUACCACUAUAACCAUUUUCGGCGUCAUGAGAUUCUGCCUUGCCAUUAUUCCCUUGUGUAUGAAAACCCUGGCUGAGGCUGCUGUGUCGAUAGCACGAUUAAAGAACAUAUUGCUGAUCCAGAAUCCAGAGCUCUACCUGAUGCAAAAGAAAGACAGCGACUGUGCGAUGAUGAUGAAAAAUGCUACGUUUUCCUGGACCAAACCAGGCAGCCAGACAGACCCUCCACACAGCUCAGCCAAUGGAGUCAGAGAGCAGACGAUGGAUGGGAAGUGUGAGAACAGAGAGACUGAAUCUUUGCCAGCCCUGAGAAACAUCUCCUUUACACUGCCUAAGGGCCACCUUCUUGGUGUUUGUGGGAAUGUGGGGAGCGGAAAGUCAUCACUGAUUUCCAGCAUUUUGGAACAGAUGCACCUUCUGCAGGGCUCAGUCAUAGCUGAUGGGACAUUUGCCUACGUUUCCCAGCAAGCCUGGAUUUUCCAUGGAACUGUCCAAGAAAAUAUCCUGAUGGGGAAACCUCUUGACCAGGCCAAAUAUGACCGAGUUGUGGAUGUCUGCAGCCUCAGAGCUGACCUGAAGAUCCUGCCUUAUGGUGAUCAAACUGAGAUUGGAGAGCGGGGGCUGAAUCUGUCAGGCGGACAGAAGCAGAGGAUCAGCCUGGCCAGAGCUGUCUACUCCAAUAAGGACAUCUUCCUCCUUGAUGAUCCGCUCUCUGCUGUUGAUGCUCAUGUGGGGAAACACAUUUUUGAAGAAUGCAUAAAGAAGGAGCUCCAAGGAAAAUCCAUCAUCCUGGUCACACACCAGCUCCAGUAUUUGGAGUUCUGUGAUGAUAUCUUGGUUCUGGAGGAUGGUGAGAUCCUGGAGGCUGGAAACCACGAGGACCUGAUGGCAGCUGAAGGUCGCUACGCUCAGCUCAUCAGUAACUACAAGUUAGAACAGUCCAAAACUGAUCAAGAGGAGGAGGAGGUGUCACCCCAAGAUGCUGUCCAGCUGCAGGACGAUGAGCUCAGACAGCGUGCCGACAGCGGGAUAGUGAACCCCGCAUUUGAUGAUGAGAAGGAUGAUGAUAAGGAUGAUGAAACGAAAGCUGACCAAAUGUCUGUCAAAGCUAACGAUCAUCUGGUCAGUCAGGAGCUGUCCACAGAAGGGGCUGUCUCCUGGAGGGUCUACCAGCAGUACUGCAAGGCAGCAGGAGGCUACAUCAUCACCUUCCUCACCAUCCUGAACAUCGUCCUGAUGAUUGGAUCCACAGCCUUCAGCAACUGGUGGCUCAGCCACUGGCUGGGACAGGGUAAUGGGUCAUCCAGCAACACAACUUCAAGCCAGGGUGACAUCUCACAAAACCCUGACCUAGAGUUCUACCAAAUGAUUUAUGGUGUGGUGAUAAUUAUCACGGUGCUGCUUGCGAUCAUCAAAUGCUUCCUUUAUACUCAUGUCACCUUGAAUGCUGCCUGCAAAUUCCAUGACAAAAUGUUCAAGAAGAUUGUUGCCAGUCCAAUGAGUUUCUUUGACACAACGCCAACAGGCCGCAUCCUGAACCGCUUCUCUAAAGAUCAGGAGGAGGUGGACACCGUGCUUCCCCUCCACAUGGACUCUUUCUUACAGUUUUCUCUGCUUGUUAUUUUCGCAAUUGUCAUCAUUGCGUUCGUCUUCCCUGUCUUGCUGGUAGCUGUGGUUGUUCUUGGAGUUUUGUUUUCCCUCAUUCUCUUUGUAUUCCAGAAGACUAUCCGUCAGAUGAAGAAGAUGGAGAACAUCAGUCGCUCUCCCUGCAUUUCUCUCACCAUCUCCACCUUGCAGGGCCUCAGCACCAUCCAUGCCUACAACAUAAGAGACAGCCACAUCAAAAUGUUCAAGUCCAUCAAUGACAUUAAUUCCAAUCACUUCUUGCUGUUUCACUCUGGCACACGCUGGCUGUCUUUCUGGCUGGAUUUCAUGGGUGCAACAAUGACCUUGUUGGUGGCUCUGUUCGUAGUGCUCAGCAGUAAUGAACUCAUCAAUCCAGCUUUGAAAGGCUUGGCUUUAUCCUACACUAUUCAGUUGACAGGCCAGCUUCAGUAUGUAGUGAGACAGGCAACAGAAGUGGAGGCAAGGUUCAACUCUGUAGAGCGACUGCAGGAAUACAUCACGGGUUGCAAAUCUGAGGCCCCAAGACACAUAAAGGAUGCUCAGAUCCCAGAGGACUGGCCCAAGAGUGGAGUCAUCACCUUCCAGGACUAUAAGAUGAGGUACAGGGAGAACACACCCAUUGUACUGAACAGGCUGGAUUUCUUCAUCCGAGCUGGAGAGAAGCUGGGCAUUGUGGGAAGGACAGGCUCUGGGAAAUCCUCUUUAGGCGUGGCUCUAUUCCGACUAGUGGAGCCAGCAGGAGGAACCAUCCUGAUAGACGGAGUGGACAUUAUGGCCAUUGGUCUGCAGGAUCUGCGCAGCAAAUUGUCCAUCAUCCCCCAGGACCCUGUGCUGUUUAGUGGUACAGUCAGGUACAACCUAGACCCUUUUAAUAACUACACUGAUGAGGACAUCUGGACAACACUGGAGAAGACCUACAUGAAGGACACUAUCUCCAGACUGGAGGGGAAGCUACAAGCAGAGGUGUUGGAGAACGGAGAGAACUUCUCUGUAGGCGAGAGACAACUGAUGUGUAUGACAAGAGCACUACUCCGUAACUCCAAGAUCAUUCUUUUGGAUGAGGCCACAGCCUCCAUCGAUGCAGAGACUGAUGCUCUGAUCCAGAACACCAUCAAAGACGCCUUCAGUGAUUGCACCAUGCUCACCAUCGCACAUCGCAUCAACACCGUGAUGCAAGCAGAUCGUAUUCUGGUCAUGGACAAAGGAGAGGUGGUAGAGUUAGACAAUCCAGAUGUCCUGAAGCAAAGACCAGACUCCAUGUUCUCCUCCCUCCUUGCUGCUGCCAACACUGUGAAUACAUGAACCAGAGAUCUGUGAUGCCCAACAACUGCUACACUUGUUUUGUUUUUGUUUUACAGUUGAUGAAAAUGUUUUCUAUACAAUUGUGGCUCUUUCUAAAGAGUAUUUUACACAGAUGUGUAUCAAAUCCAAGCAGUGUGUUACAAGGAAGACGUUUUUCUGCAGUCAAAUCCUAUAGACGUGAUGCUUCUUUUAGCUGUGGUUAUGGUCUUGUCUUGGUGGGGUCUCAUCCCUAUGCCUGCUCUCCUUCUUCCUUUGUGCUUCGUAUUUUAAUUUACUGUUCAAUUUAAACAGUUUAUGCUGACUACAAACAAGCCUGAAGGUGAGCCAAGCUGAUGCAAACUGAUAAGAUCCUUUAGCUAAAAUUCAGAGAGCAUAAAGACCAUCUGAAGUUGAUUGACAAGGAAUGUUUACCCCCAAUGAUCUAACAAAAAUGAUGAUGGAUUUUAGAUGAAUCUUAGACAUUUGGUUAAGAAUGUGUCACAAAGUAGCUCAGAGUAAGAGAAAAAAAAUAAAUCAAGCAUUAACAGGGUUAGGCAUGUGAGCAUUCAAAACUGAUUAAUUCUGUUCAAAUUUUCCAAGACCAAACCACAAAAACCUGCUGAUUGCAUAAGGGAGGACAUGCCCUAAAGCAAUUGACACAUUGUAUAAAGAUCUGAUUAAAUAUUAGACAACUUCGUUACCCCAACUAAGAUGGUCCCGAAAAGAGACACUGAAAAGUCAAAAACUUUUACUGCGCUGUGACCACUUGACAUUCAGAUAUUUUGUUGCAAAUAGUUGUCAGGUUCACACAUAAAGAACACCAGUGAGUGCCUUGAGAAAAAGUAAACAUGAAGCCAUUAUCUUCCACUGCAGCUAUGUUGAAGAAGUGCAACCAGAAGGUCCUGAUGGUGUUUGAUAAAGACAGCUGGACAAGAGACAUUUGGUGGACAGAUAGGCGAGAAUGGGUGUUGAUGGAGCAGACAGAAGUUGACACUCGUGAUGGUCAAAUGAAAUCCCAUGAACCAGUGAGGAUUUCCAGCCCAUUGCUUCGUCUGGAAGUUCACUGCUGGAGACCUCAGUGAAGCAGUUAAUACUGCCAUCCGCUGAGCAAAUUAACAUCACGGUCAAUGCCAUCAGUUUAUGACCUGAGCGGACAUGUUUGAAUGACUUUUGUGUGCAGAAACGAUGCACAAUGGAUAUUUCUAUACUGUAGUAUGUGCAUGUGUAAGUAUACAGACACAGAGCUUUGUCCUUAAUCAAAACAGCAAUGGAAGCAUCACAAGCAAUUGUACUUUUAUUCAUUUAUAUUUUUUUGGGUUCAUUUAGCAUUAACAGUGUGACAUUUAACAGGGCUAGUUUUCAUGGACAGUGAGUCCUUCAGUCACCUGCUGCCGACCCACUUCCUGUGGUUCAUGAGAGAGUCCCACUUGGUCAACACUCUCAUCGUGAGGGUGCAGAAACCAUUCAGAGCUGAUCUUCUCUCUGCUUUGGGUUUCUAUAAUAGCUCAUCCAAAGAGAAGCCAUCUCUUGACUCCGGUUAUUGCCCUGAACACUUCAGAAUUCAUCCUGCUGCAGACCCAAGCUGUCUGAUGGUUGAUGGUCUCUGGAGGAGGGAGUCCCAGGUGUGAGAGAGGGAGGAAGCCCCCUGGUCCCAGUUCAUCGAGUCAUUCGCCCAUUUCCUGAUCUCAGUGGCCUCCUUGAUCCACCGUUUGUUUGUUGGCCUCUGAUGCUAUAAUCCUGCUCUUGUCCCAGUUCAUAAUGUGCUUGUUUCUUUGGAAUGGUCAAUGCUGGCUGAUUUCAUGGCUGGCUUAAGAUUGUCCAGUAUUAUUUGCAAUUCGUCCAUAAUAACUUGGCAUUUAUCUAAAAUUACUUAACAGUUGAUCAAAAUGACAUAAACCUUGACAAAAUUACUUGAAAAUUGUUCACAGUGUCUUCAAAUAUGUCCACAGCGAAAGAAGGCAAAUUUAGUACAGUAUGGGUUUGUCUGAUUUAGCUGUCUGUUGCUGCCACCUAGUGGUCACUUUGCUCACUUCAGGAUAAAUGUCACCAACAGUUGGUCUGAAGAUCACUUCAGUACCUUUUUAUCCCCCGUCGGCUGUAGGCACGGAGGGGGGUAUUGGCAUGUGCACGUCCGCCCGUAUGUCCGUCUGUCCUUCCACACGUACGUCCACAUUUCGUUUCAGGAGCAUAUCUCAGAAACUACUUGAGGGUUUUCAUUCAUAUUGCACCCAGGCCAUCUCUAUGUAGUAUAGAUAUGCCUUUUGGGGUGCAUGACCUUGACCUCAUUUUCAAGGUCAUUGUGAGGCACUUCAAAUAUUUUUUGAUUCUGUUUCUGGAGCAUAUGUCAGAAACUACCUGAAGGACUUCAUGCAUGUUGCACCAACGCCACCUGUGCAUAAUGUAGAUCUGCCUUUUUUGGUGUAUGACCUUGACCUGAUUGUUUUUAUUGUAGUGAAGAUGUAUCAUUUUGUAGGUGUAUCGUCCAGUAUAUAUUAUUAUUUCUUGCACUUAGAGGCACUAUAUAUAAGGCGGGGGAUGUUUUAAGCGAAGCGUGUUUAUUCUUUGACGCUUGAGUAGUUUGAAGGGUUCCUCAACUUUGAGCGCUGCCUCAAAAUAUUGUUCCCUUUGAAAACGGGGAACUCGCAUAGAGAAAAGAAAAACUAUAUAUG